GAUGUUGGUCCUGGGCCGGGUGGCGUAAGGAGGUGUGUGCGAGUGUGUAUCAGGGUACGGGUGCUUGCGCUGCUGAUUAAUGCUCGCUAUUGGAUGAGGAGAGGAGGCCUGGGGCAAAUUCACCGGUGGGGUUACUGGAGAAGUGGAGCUGGAAGAGCCGUGCUUUAGCUUCCAGGAGGCCGGGGUAGAGCAGGGCGCCGGAGCUGAGAAGUCAAUAAGGCGGCUAAGCUGACGUGAGAGCCCACCACAGCGAGUGUGUGAAGAAGACGACAGAAAGAGAGAGAGUUGGAGAGAGAAAGAGAGAGAGAACAGAGUCUGUGCCUGUCUGACUCUCAACCAGCAGUUCAAGUUUGUUCUCUUUUGAGUUAAUGGUCCUAAACUAAACCACGACCAUGAAGUGCUUAGAACUGCUGCUGCCUCUACUGCUGCUUAUAAGAGAUAUAAGAGCUCAGUGGAACGUAUGGAUGCCCAGGGAUAUCUCAGCAAUGACUAACUCCUGUGUGGUAAUCCCAUGCACAUUCAUGUACCCCUCCGCUGUCAGACCUUAUCGGGGCACGCACGGUAUCUGGUACUUUGGCCAGCCAUACCCGCAACUCUUCCCUCCGGUGGUUUAUAAGUCCCGCACAGACAUUGUGCAUGAGAGCUACAAAGGCCGGACCAGGCUCUUGGGUGACCUAUCUCAGAAGAACUGCACGUUGCAGAUCAACAAUGUUGGAGUUGAGCAUUCUGGGCGGUAUUACUUCAGAGCAGAUCUAGGUGGAGCAAACAUCUACACCUACCCAGAUUUCACUGAGCUUAAGGUGUUGGAUCAGCCCAACAUUGAUGUCCCAGCAGAGAUAGUCAGUGACGAGAGCUUGGACCUGACAUGCUAUGCACCAGACAACUGUCCAGACAUGAGCCCAGAGAUCCACUGGAUGUACACCGACUACCUGCCUGAACCUCUCUUCACCUCAGACUACGUCGAGGAGAGCAACACGGCAGUACUGGCCAGCACACUCACCUUCACACCACGACCUAUACAUAACGGCCAGCUGCUGGGCUGCAGGGUUCAUUUCCCUAACACCAGUUUCGUCUAUGAGCGUCUGAUCUCCCUGGACAUCAAGUAUGCCCCUCGCACAGUGUGGGUAAAUGUAUCUCAGGAGGUAAUGGAGGGAAGUUCAGUGACACUGCACUGCGAUGUGGACAGCAACCCUGCACCACGGAUUUCCUGGCACUUUGGAGAUGAGGAGCUGAUGUCGGAAACAGCCUCAAAUGCUUCCCUUUUCUUGGAAUCCCUGACUCCUGAACAGGAGGGUGUAUACACCUGUGUAGGAGACAACGGCUAUGGGGCCAUGAACACUUCCAUGUAUUUAGCUGUGAGAUAUCCCCCCAGAGAACCGCUGGUGAAUGAGUCACUGACGGUACAGGAGGGCUCCACAAUAGCUCUCCAUUGCAGCACUCAGGGCAAUCCUGCUCCAACACUCACCUGGCUAAAGGAUGGGGAAUUGGUUGGAACCAUCACAGCUGAGGAGGUGAACGUUCUGGAACUGUUGGAGAUCACGCCACAGGUGGACGGCACUUACCGAUGCCUUGCUGAGAAUGAGCAUGGACGUGCCAGCAGCUCUCUGAACAUCACUGUGGAGUUUGCCCCCAUUCUCCUGGAAGAUUCCAAGUGCACCAUAGUGCGAGAAGGUGUUCAGUGUGUCUGCAUAGCCUCAGGGAACCCUGAGCCCUCCAUUGAGUUUUACCUGCCAGACCUCAAUAUAACUAUUAAUGAGACCAAUGGCCGUUUCAACUAUUACACACAUUCAGAUGGCUACACAUCAACUGGCAUGAUCAAACUAAGGGAAAAGGGGGAGAGGGGGAACAAUGGAGGCACAGCUGUACAUGUGCACUGCAGCAUCACCAACAUAUACGGCACAGAGACCAUCCGGCUGGAGCUGCAGCAAGAGAAAAAGUACAUGAUGGCUGUGAUAGUGGGGACCAUCGGCGGAGUGGCAGUCAUCGCUUUUAUCGUUGCAGCUGUGCGAUAUGUGGGCCAAAACAACAAAAAAGAGAAUGGCAACCCUGGGCAGGACGUGGGAUCUAGAGUGGAGAAUCCCUCCAUGUUCUACAGCGCAGUCAAGAAGGACAAACAAAGUCUCAGGAAAAAAGUGCUUAAGACUGAGCUGCUGGGCUCUAAGUUUAAUUCCAUCCUAGAGGAGAGCACGGGAGACGACAGUGAUUACCAGUCUGUUGGCUCAAUGGCAAGCUUGGAGAGGCAAGAGCUGAACUACGCUGCCCUGGAGUUUGUACGAGGGCGCCCUCGCGAGGGAGGUUUCGGGAGGGGGGAUGACGGCAGUGACUACACAGAGAUCAAAGCCAAAUGAAUCGCGAUCCUUCCCUGAAGCCUCGUCUGAAAGGGAUACAGUGGCCACUAGGGCCGUCUAAAUUCUUUUGCCCAUGUCCUUCAUGAAUCAGAGGUUUUGUUUCCUCCACAUUUACCUUAGUCAUACCCUUGAAUACCCUCUGCUAUUUUGUUUCAGUUUGACCUUUUUAUGACCUGUAUUCCCCUUCAUUUCAAGGCUGCAACCUUAUCAGCUCUUUCUCAGCUGAAGUUCUAAUAUGAAAGAAAACAUAUCAAGUUUAAAGAUGGCUGACAAUGUUCACAAGAGUUUGUUUAUAUUUGUUCAAAAGGGUAUAUUUAAACUCUAAGUUUAAAGCUUUUUAAGAAAGCUGAUUGGUUGCAGCCCAGAUCUACACUCUUGAAAAUGAAGGUGCCAGAAUGUCUUCAUUGGAUUUGGAUUGAUGAACCUGUAAGUUAAUGGAUUUUUUUUUUUUACAAAACCAUCUAUUUUAGCUCCUGAGAAGAACCUUUUUAACCCUCACAUAAUCCAUACCAGGUCCAUAAUAUUCAAAAUGGUGUUGCUAGAGCUCUCCAAGGUAAGAAAAGAAAUCAGGAACCUUCAUUUUUAAGAGUGUAUUUCACUAGUGGCUCUUCAACACUGUGUCCUCAGCAAGCCGAAGCGUCAGGGAACGAGAUACGUGGUGUAUCUCGAUGUUCUAGCACUAUCUCCAACUGUGGAUCUCCAGACAGAAUGUGUUUUCUCUAAUCCAGAGGGUUUCUCAUUCACUUCCUACCGUACGUGUACCAGAAUAUGCACUCAGCUCAGAUUGCAUUCAAUGAUUCUCUUAGAUUGUGCCCUAAAGUGAUUGUUUAAAUGUCUCUGGGUUUGUGCGACUCCACUGCAGGCAUUAUUAAUGGAUAACGGGAUUGGGUGUUGUUUCUCCAGUUUGUUUUAACUGAGUAGAAAGCAGAUUUGUUGGUUGUUGGUUUAAAAAUAGCUACCUAUUUUUUGAUUGAUUUAUUUAUUUUGGGGUAAUUUUGUUCUAUUCCCUUUUACAGAUGCUUCUUUAGUUCACUUAUGACCUGAUGGCACAAAACACUAACUGAAAGCUCAUAUAUAUUUAGGGGGACACAGGGUGUCUCAAAUGUAGGGUCUCUCAAUAGUAAGGAAAUGCCAAUAUAAAGUGUUAAGUCAGUUAUAGACUCAAGGAAACGGCCUUGACAGAAAACAUGGGUGUGUUCUUACAUUUUAGAGAGAAAUUUUAGAUGCUACUAUGACUAUUCUAAGACAAACAGCAUAAAAUAUUACACCAUAAGAAGUGAAGUGGACUGUUAUGCCCCUUGUUUUGCCGACAUAUCAUUUUGUAUUGUCCUGUGCCGAGCCAAUUUUCUUUCCCACUUUUGAGCAUGAACUAUUUUACAGUUUUCAAAAUCAUCUCAUUUAGGACCCUAGCCAAGACAGCAGAAUGCAAUCCAAAAGGUAGAUUUCUGAAGCAAACUCAGCGUCAUACAAGAAAAUAUAUUCAGAUACACAUUGUCAGACAAGUAUACAUAAAAAGCAUCAUAGAGGAAAUUAUGACAUUACCCAAGAGUGCUUUGAAUAAAUGUAUUAUUUAUUAUUUAUAAACAUCCUCUGCUGAGGUUGUGUCAAAUUAAUUAGAAUAAGUUAUCUAGAUGUACAAUGUAUGUACAUGUCCUAAAUAAAUAAACUCAUUCAACUUGAUAUUACUAACAGUGUAACCCAUAAAAUGACUGAUCUUACAUUAAGGAUGUAUUCAGUAGAGGCAUCUGGGAUGGUAAGGGGAUACUGUAAUAUGUAAAUAUGUAUCUGUUCUCUGUUGUGAAUCCUCGAAAACACAAUAAGACCAACAAGCUCAACAAUAAUCUUCAGGAUUUUCAACACAAAUGACAUUAAAUAUGCAAUUAGUAACACUGAUUGUCCUUAUUUGAGAAAACAAACACAAACGCUUCACAAUAUUUUAUUUAUUUGUAAACAUCAAAUUCAGGAACAUUUCUGUUUUGUUCAUGCAGUCUAAUUUUUCACUUUGUGUAUUGUAAAAAUAUUUGUAAGCAUCUGACUGUGUGAUGAUAACGAGGAAAAGCUAUAUUUUUUUCUUUAUUUACAUAAUAAUUUAAACAGGAACUCUGCAAUCUUUAUGCAAAAAAAGCAUUGUUCAGAGCUAAUCAUGUAUUUGAUGUUUUGCUUGUUAUUUUAUUUUAAAAACCUUUUCAGCCUCAAUGCCAUCUUCUUUAAAGCAAAAACAAUAAAGUAAAUGAGAUGGAAA